AUGACCAGCCGCAGCAGCUCCACGAUCGAGGAAGCACGUCGCAACAGGAUCAGUGAGGACACUCGAACUGGUUAUGCGUCGGGCAUCAAUCAAGUAGUGAAAUGGGCCAAGCUAGUGUACAAGAACAACCUGCUUCGUGAGUCUAGCGAGUCGGCAUGUGGCUAUUCCCUCGACCUAAGUGAAUUCAGCUACAACGACUUUCUCGAGUUCCUGGUAUGGACUGUGCGCAACAAGCCGGCGAUUCAGCCUGGCACACUCAGCAGUUAUCGCAGUGCUACCAAAAGUCUGUAUAAAGACCACAAUCUUGCCAUCCCCGAUGAGUUCACAUGA